AUGUGGCAAUGCUAAAACGUUUGUCUGUUAAAAUUUCAAAAAUUAACAAGAAUCUUCUUUUGGAAAAUUUAUUAAGAUUGAACGGAACACCUGUCCACAGUAUGAAUUUGCGCAUCGAGCUGUUAAGAGAUCAGAAAAUGCAUCAUCAUCAGCAUCAAAUGCCGCCCUACGAAGCCAUGGGGCUCUACGAACAACCCAAGCCGCGCUUCAUAUUCAAAAUGCCACGGGUUGUGCCGAAUCAAAAGUCCAAAUACGAGUCGGAUGAAUUGUUCCGGAGACUGAGCCGGGAGAGCGAGGUGCGCUAUACAGGAUACCGUGGACGCGCUGUAGAUGAGCGUCGUAUGCGUUUCGUCACCGACUGUCGCAAGGGCUAUGCCGAGCUCUCCUUUGUGCCCACAGGCACCAAUCUGCAGCUCUACUUCAAUGCCAAUCACAAUCCCUAUGCCCAUGAGCAGGAAUGCGAUUUCGACAAGGAACGGGGCAAGGUUCAUUUGCGUUCCAACUUUAUAAUGAACGGCGUUUGUGUACGUUUCCGUGGCUGGUUGGAUCUGGAGCGUUUAGAUGGCGUUGCCUGCCUGGAUUUCGAUGAAGGACGCGCGCUUCAGGAGGAUGCACAGCUGGCGGAACAAAUCGAGAGCUACAAUCAGCGUAUGGCCGACUCGAAACGAAUGUAUACACCACCUCAGGAACCGAUGCGACGUGGUCCCGGACCCGGACCCGGACCCGGACUCGGCCCCGGCCCAGUUCCAGGACCUCCAAUGGGCUGGUGAAACUAGCCUUAGCAAUUAUAUUAGUCAUUAAAGCGUUUCAUAGAGUUUAAGUUUUAAGUCAUAAAUAAAAAUUA